AUGUCUUGCGAUCACGACUUCACGGCGCCGCAUUCUCCUCUGCCUCCACCACCACCUCCGCCUCCACCAGCUCCACCACUCCACCCCCAAGCCUCGCCUGGCCUGCCUGGACAUUCUUCGCCGCAGCAGACGUCGCCCCUCAGGCGCAUUGCUGUGCAACCUCCCAUUAUCACAACCGCCCUUGCGCCGCCUCCGGGACCCUCUACACUACAGACACCCGCCUCUGCCAUCUCGUUAAGCGUGCCUUUCUCGCCCUACGCUCCGUCACCUUCGACCUAUGCCGCUUCACCAGUAGUCGCCUCUCCCAUGGCGAUGAGGAAUCCGUCCUCGCUCCCGUACAAUCCUCAACAAUGGGGACGUCAAGGACCUACCGGAGGGGUCCAUGUUCCCCAUUCAAUGACCCAGACACCAAGUAACACGGGACGCGUCCUGGAAAUAACGGGCAUGGAAGGUAUCUAA